AACCAUAAAAGUAUCAAGGAGUCACUUUCAAGAGAAAGCAUUUUGGAGGAUCUUUCCUUAUUCUUAGAAAAACAUUGUACUAAUAAAUUUUGAGUCGAGUUGAGUUACGAUGAGUUCUUGUUCACUGAUCCUUGUUCAAGGGUUCUUUUAGGACAGAGAAGUGUUAAGGCAAUUCUCUUUUCUCUACUGAGAUCAAGAAAACGGAAGUUUUGCAGGAAAUUUUGGGUGCUUGUAACUGGAAUGAUUGUCAGUUCUUUGCAGUACUUAGUAUAGAUUACUGUUAGAUUAAUCUAGUAUGAAAAGCUGUGUAAAGUGAGAAGAAUAAAUAUGGGUUAGGCUAAAUUUUUGCAUUGAUAAAAUUUGUAAGAUAAUGGUAGCAACUUUUGGCAUUCAGAUUUGUCAGUUGCAGUCUUGCGGAAAUAGCACAGCAAAAGAUUACCGUAAAUAAAAAGCUGGAACAGCAGGGAAAAAAGCACAAGAACAAGGUUCUGAGUCUGGAUCAUCCUCCUCAUCUUUAUAAUCAGAACCAGACCGAAACCCAAACCCAAAACAAGGUCCAAGGAGUUGAAGAAGAGUCCCAAAAGACGCAACUGGCGGCAUCCCAUGAAUACCAUCAACAUUUAUAUCAAUCCCAAGAACUUUUCCAACAGCAUCAGCGAAUCUACAGUGGAAGAUUAGACACUCAGUUGCAGCAGCCGCCGCUCAAGAAACGAUUGUCAAGUGUGGAACAUGCAAGAUUGCGAGAGAAAAUGGGAGAGAGUACUCAUCGUCAUCAAGCACCGUCGAGAUUAAGCCUGAGGAACAGGGGGGGCGAGAUACUGGAAGUCGAAGGAGGUCACGUCAUGAGGUCCAUUGGUCGAAAAGACAGGCACAGCAAAGUCUGCACCUCCAAAGGCCCAAGGGACCGCCGUGUUCGCCUAGCUGCACCCACUGCAAUUCAGUUCUAUGACGUCCUGGACCGCCUUGGCUAUGAUCGUCCGAGCAAGGCGGUGGAUUGGCUCAUCAAAAAAGCCAAGGCAUCCAUCGAUGAGCUCGCACACCUGCCUGCCUGGAAUCCCACCACUGAUUCUGCUGCAAAUGUAAAUUUUGAGCAAGAAGAAGCCCAAAAACAACUGGAGGAAAAUCAGCGGCUGCGUGCUAAUUUUUUGCCUCCAUCAGUGGACUUCGAUGAUAUUGCUGACACUGUCAUGUCGUUUUUUCCAAUGAGUGGUUCAGUUGAGGCAAGCUCCUCAGCUAUGCAUUUUCAGAGCAUCCCAACUUCGGAUUUGAUAUCAAGAACCAGUAGUCACAGCCAAGAUCUGAGGCUCCCUUUACAGUCUUUUCAAGAUCCAAUUCUGCUCCACCACCACCACAACGAACAACCUCACCAGUAUCAAAUCCCCAGCCACCACACCGAACAAACCCAUGUUCAAGCACAAGCACAAGCACCAGUCCGAUUCACCGAAACCACUCCACUUCCACUAGGGUUUGAUGACAACAUAGGCAGGUCUGAACACUAUCAGCAGCCUAGUUGGAAUAACAGUGGAAAUGCCUCAAGCGGGAGCGGUGGAGAAGCUGGAUUCUUGUUCGAUUUUCCGCCAGCUGCCCAGUUAUUAGGCCAAAACCAGUUCUUUUCUCAGAGGGGACCCCUUCAGUCCAGUAAUACACCUUCUUUUCGUACUUGGAUGUAUUCGCCUGCAAUAACCAUCGCCACCAGUGAUCAUAGUCAGCAGUACCAUCCAGAGAUUGUGCCAAUUUAUCGAACAUCAAUAUCUGGGGUUGGAUUUACUUCAGGAAUAGGCACGUUCUCUGGAUUUCACUUUCCUGCACGAAUUCAAGGUGAUGAAGAGGAGCAUGAUCGUUAUCCUGAAAAACCAUCCUUUGCUUCUUCUGACUCUCGCCAUUGAUUUUAGCUCACAAAACUGGAAACUCUCUCUGCUUCAUUACCAGGGCUUUAUCCAUUUCUCAGUACCAUGGAGAGAAAUUCAGUGAUUUAGUUUCAGGUUUUUCGAUCCCAGGUUUGUUAAUCUGUGUAUGUUGUUAAUGUUUUCAUGUUUGAAUGAGCUAUUAGCGUUGUUUCAA